AUGCUGACCGCUGUGCUGCUGAGCUGUGCCCUGCUGCAGGCUCUACCCACCAUGCAGGGGGCCCAGAUGGGCCCGCCCCCCCUGGAAGGCAUCAGAAGGGCUGGCCAGGCCCUGCUCGCGGAGUUCGCAGGCCUGGGCCAGCAGCCCACGCUGAAGAGGACAGCAGCAGAAGAGGCAGAAGAGGCCCUACUGCAGGAGGCCGAGGCCUUGGCAGAGGCGCUAGACCGGCAGGGAAGAGAGCCGCGCUCCCCACGUCGCUGCGUGCGGCUGCACGAGUCCUGCCUGGGACACCAGGUGCCCUGCUGCGACCCGUGCGCCACAUGCUACUGCCGCUUCUUCAACGCCUUCUGCUACUGCCGCAAGCUGGGUACUGCCACGCAUCUCUGCAGCCGCACCUAG